AUGAAGAGGAAAUCCCAGGACUGCCAGUCCGGAUUGCCAGACAACAGUGCCUUGAAGCAGCAGCAGUUGCCCGCCUACCGGCUACAGCUCUCAGCCAACAAAAUCCUCUCCGGCUUUUUUGCCACAGGCGUGUUCUGCCUUGGAGUGGGCGUCAUCCUUCUGUUGUCUGCAAAGACCAUCAAGGAAGUAGAGAUUAAUUACACAAAAAAAUGUGCAAAUUGUGCAAAACUGCGGGAAAAUGCUGCUAAUUUUGACAAAGAAUGCAACUGCUCUAUUCCCUUUUUCCUUCCAGAGACAAUGAAGGGUAAUGUUUAUAUGUACUACAAAUUGUAUGGCUUCUAUCAGAACCUCUAUCGAUAUAUUCUAUCCAGAAGUAAUAGCCAACUGGUGGGUACAGAUGUAAAGGAUGUUAGAAACUGUGCUCCAUUCAAAACCUCCCACAAUGGGAUCCCCAUCGCUCCUUGUGGUGCUAUUGCCAAUAGCAUGUUCAAUGACACCAUUAUUCUUUCUUACAACCUUAAUUCAUCUAUCCAUAUCAAAGUACCAAUGAUAAGGAAUGGAAUUACAUGGUGGACAGACAAGUAUGUCAAGUUUCAGAAUCCAAGUUUCCAAAAUCUUUCUAGUGCAUUUGCAGGAACCACAAAGCCUCCGAACUGGCCUAAGCCUGCCUAUGAACUAGAUGAAGAGGAUCCAGGAAACAAUGGCUUCAUCAAUGACGACUUCAUUGUGUGGAUGAGGACAGCUGCAUUUCCCACUUUCAAAAAACUGUACCGCCGACUCCAUCGAAUAGACCGUUUUACUGAAGGCUUGCCUGCUGGUAGUUAUAGUUUCAACAUAACCUACAACUUUCCUGUAAACAGGUUCCAAGGAGAAAAAGCAGUUGUUCUUUCCACCCUGACAUGGAGUGGAGGCAGUAGCCUUUUCUUAGGUCUCGCCUACAUGGUGACAGGAGCUGUGACCUGGUUAGCCUUCUUUUCCAUGUUGGCAGUUCACUUGAGGCUGAAAGAAAGGAAAAUGUUCUUCCUCCAGCAGUAA